UGGUUGCAUCAGCUUCUGGUAGGCUGCUGUCUCUUUUUCGGAGCUACUGUAGUGACAGAUCCAGUUUUGGUGGCCGGCAGCUCCUAAGGAAUCCUAAUUAGAUUUUGUUAGGAGUUUGGGAAUUAACUCCCCCCCCCCCCCGAACACAGGCGUGAGUUGCUUCUGUCUGAAGGCUUGCUUUCUUCCCCAUCCAGUUUUAUUCUUCAUAAAAAGUACUUUUGAAUUCAGCAAACUCUUCACAAUGCUGUACCGGGCUGCUCUUCUCCCUUCACUGCGUUCGUCAGGACGAUUCUGGAGGCAAUCUGAUGUAGCUGGCUGCCACCCUUGCUUACUGGCUCCAAACCUGGUGUUGAGGAAUACGUCUGCCCGCGGCUGGAGUAACAUCCCUUUUAUCACAGUGCCCCUCAGCCGAGCCCACGGCAAGUCCUUUGCUCACCGAAGUGAGUUAAAGCAUGCCAAGAGAAUUGUGGUGAAGCUAGGCAGCGCUGUUGUGACUCGCGGAGAUGAAUGUGGCUUGGCCCUUGGGCGACUGGCAUCCAUUGUUGAGCAGGUAUCGAUGCUGCAAAACCAGGGGCGAGAGAUGAUGAUUGUCACUAGUGGGGCUGUGGCAUUUGGGAAGCAGCGGCUCCGUCAUGAAAUCUUGCUCUCACAGAGCGUGAGGCAGGCUCUCCACUCAGGGCAGAACCAGCUCAAAGAUAUGGCCAUUCCUGUGCUAGAAGCUCGAGCCUGUGCUGCUGCUGGUCAGAGUGGGCUGAUGGCUCUGUACGAGGCCAUGUUCACCCAGUACAGCAUCUGUGCAGCCCAGUUCUUUUCUUCUUUCCAGAUUCUGGUCACUAACUUGGAUUUCCACGACGAGCAGAAGCGUCGGAACUUAAAUGGGACCUUGCAUGAAUUGCUACGGAUGAACAUUGUCCCCAUCAUCAACACCAAUGAUGCUGUGGUUCCUCCCCCAGAGCCAAACAGUGAUCUACAGGGGGUAAACGUAAUCAGUGUAAAGGACAAUGACAGUUUAGCAGCACGGCUAGCAGUGGAAAUGAAGACCGAUCUCUUGAUUAUUCUUUCAGAUGUCGAGGGACUCUUUGAUAGCCCCCCUGGAUCAGAUGAUGCAAAACUCAUUGACAUAUUUUAUCCUGGAGAUCAGCAAUCAGUGACUUUUGGCACCAAAUCACGGGUGGGGAUGGGAGGCAUGGAGGCCAAGGUGAAAGCUGCCUUGUGGGCUCUCCAAGGAGGUACUUCGGUUGUGAUUGCCAAUGGAACUCACCCCAAAAUCUCAGGCCACGUUAUUACAGACAUUGUAGAAGGGAAAAAAGUUGGCACAUUUUUUUCAGAGGUGAAGCCUGCAGGUCCGACUGUAGAGCAACAGGCUGAAAUGGCUCGAACAGGAGGCAGAAGUCUGGCAGCGCUAGACCCUGAACAGAGAGCAGAAAUUAUCUAUCAUCUUGCUGACCUUCUGACAGAUCAGCGAGAAGAGAUUCUUGCAGCCAACAAAAAAGAUAUGGAAGAAGCUGAAAACAAAGGGAGACUGGCCCAGCCUCUCUUGAAGAGGCUCAGUCUCUCAACCGCCAAGUUGAAUAGCUUGGCUAUUGGGCUGCGUCAGAUUGCAGCCUCGUCACAGGACAGUGUGGGCCGUGUCCUGAGAAGAACACGGAUAGCGAAGGAUUUGGAACUGGAGCAAGUGACUGUGCCUAUUGGGGUCUUGCUGGUGAUUUUUGAAUCCCGACCUGACUGCCUUCCUCAGGUAUCCGCUUUGGCUAUAGCCAGCGGAAAUGGUUUAUUGCUUAAAGGAGGAAAAGAGGCAUCAUGCAGUAACCAACUCCUCCACCAACUGACACAAGAAGCACUUUCCAUCCAUGGUGUGAAGGAUGCAGUGCAACUGGUAAAUACCAGGGAGGAGGUGGAAGACCUGUGCCGUUUAGAAAAACUAAUAGAUUUGAUUAUCCCUCGUGGCUCAUCUCAGUUGGUGCGGGACAUCCAGAAAGCUGCUAAAGGGAUCCCUGUGAUGGGACACAGUGAAGGAAUUUGUCAUGUGUAUGUGGACUUGGAGGCCAGCGUUGAGAAGGUCACCAGAAUAGUGAGAGACUCAAAAUGUGAAUACCCUGCAGCAUGCAAUGCCCUGGAGACGCUGCUGAUACAUCGGGACUUGCUGAGAACUCCUGUGUUUGACCAAAUCAUUGACAUGUUGCGCGUGGAACAGGUGAAGGUUCAUGCUGGCCCAAAAUUUGCUUCCUACCUGACAUUCAGCCCCUCAGAGGUGAAAUCGCUGCGUACAGAAUAUGGAGACCUGGAGUGCUGUAUUGAAGUUGUGGACAGUAUGCAGGAUGCGAUUGAACAUAUCCACAGAUAUGGGAGUUCCCAUACGGAUGUCAUCAUCACAGAUAAUGAAAAAACAGCCGAGUUCUUCCUUCAGCAUGUGGACAGUGCUUGCGUCUUCUGGAAUGCCAGUACCCGCUUCUCAGAUGGCUAUCGCUUUGGGCUUGGGGCCGAGGUUGGCAUCAGCACAUCACGCAUCCACGCCCGUGGGCCAGUGGGAAUUGAGGGCCUCUUGACUACGAAGUGGCUGCUAAGAGGGGAGAACCACAUAGUGUCCGACUUCUCAGAGCAAGGGAGUAUGAAAUACCUUCAUGAAAAUCUUCCCAUCCCUCAGAGCCAAAGGAACAUCAACUGAGCACUCAGAUGAAGAGUGUGCUAUUUAUGGACACUGUUACGCUUGUGGAACCUAGUCUGGAAGGACCUUCACUUUCAGGCAUAUAAGUGUUUCCUGCACUCUAAACGUCCUGGUCAUUCGCGGGGCUGGUUAUAAGUGGUAACUUGUAGGCCAUGGUUUGGCACCCAGAAGUUUCAUUUUCCCACUCACACUCCGUAGAUGACAACAGGUGCAGAUGAUCCAAGCACCCUCGCUCUAGUAAGGAUCCCUUUGUCCUUUUAGGUCAGAAAAAAGAACGUUGGCUCUCCUUACUUCACUCCAACUUUGGGGUUGGUAGUGGAUCUGUUUGUUGAUCUCGAUGUCACUUCUUACCCCAUUCCAAAAGUGUGUGUGUGUGUGUGUCCCCUCAUGCUUUCCUUGCUAUGGGAAAAGAUUAGGAUAGAAACUGUUAAUCUUUCUGCUUCCUUUGGAGAUUUGAAAUCUGAAAGGUUGCUGUGAAAGUGCUUUACCACUUCAUAUCUUAUUUAAAAUAUUGUAACGUCUUAACCACAUUCUGUUAAUGAAUGAAUUCAUCCAAACAAUGCUUUUCAUGCUCAUUUUUUUUUAAUUGCUGGUUGAUUUGGGGGCAGAGAGACAAUUACCGUUGUAUAAUUAUGACCCUUUAAUGAAUAUUUGUACCAAAUAUUUUUGUUCAUGCCUUUUAUAUGGACUUUUGUUUCUCUUGAUAGAUUGGAAAUAUUUUUCAGAUUACUUGGUUUUUCAAAUAAAACGUCUUUGCAAAAUGA